AUGGAUUUCAAUGUUGCUUUACCUAAGGGUAAAUCUGGGAAUGAUAUGAUAUGGGUAAUUGUCGAUAGAUUGACCAAAGUUGGAAAAGUGGCCUAUAGACUAGCGCUACCUACUGAACUAAGCCGUGUUCAUAAUGUGUUCCAUAUAUCUCAGUUGAGACGGUAUACCCCAGAUAAAGCGCAUGUGUUGCAACCUGAAAUAAUUCAAAUUGAUGAGAACUUGUCUUAUGAAGAAAGGCCUAUUAAGAUCGUAUACAGUAAGGUUAGAAGUACCCGGAAUAAGGAUGUUAAAAUUGUUAAGGUGAUCUGGUCCAAUCAGAAGUCUGAAGAAGCAACAUGGGAAGCAGAGGCUGAGAUGCAAAAGAAAUAUCCAAAAUUGUUUACAGAGGUCAGUAGUAAAGUUACGGGGCCGUAA